CUGUGGCAGCCAUGUUGGAAAAAUGAGUUGUGUUGUGUCACAGACGAAAAAGAGAAAAUUGAGACAUAAUUAACAAAUAUUUUAGAUUGUAAUCUUCAGAUUUAUCAGUCUCACACAUAUUUAUGCUGAUUUUAUAUAUUAAUAUAGUUUUAAACGAUCAAUAUCAAAAUCUGUUCAAGAAUCAUAAUCAGUUGGAGCACCAAACAUUUGUUACCCUUGUUACAUCAGCACACACUAUUUGAUGUUGAUGUAAUGUUGAAUAUUGUCCCUGAUUUGCAGAUAAGCAAUGAGCAUGGGGCAGAAGGUUUCUGGAGGCAUCAAAACAGGAACCAAUCGGGAAUCAAACUAUAAGGCAUUGUGUAAAGAGAACAUGGUGUAUAAUCCUGACUACCAAAAGCCUAGCAGGCUAGACAUGUUACUCGACAUGCCACCACCGCCAAAGGAAGUCCAGGUGGCUCAUUCCUGGAAUCCUGACGAUAGAUCUCUUAAUAUAUUUGUGAAAGAAGAUGACAAGUUAACAUUUCACCGACAUCCUGUUGCACAGAGUACUGACUGUAUCAGGGGUAAAGUUGGCUACACUCGUGGACUCCAUGUUUGGGAGAUAGUUUGGAGCACAAGACAAAGAGGAACUCAUGCAGUUGUUGGUGUAGCCACAGCAGAAUCCCCAUUACAUUGUGUAGGAUAUCAGUCUUUGGUAGGGAGUAACUCUGAAUCAUGGGGUUGGGAUUUAGGAAGAAACAAACUGUAUCAUGAUGGAAAAAAUAAUCCUAUAGGACUAACUUAUCCUAGUCUUUUGAAUUCAGAUGAAAAUUUUGUUGUUCCAGAUAGUUUUCUUGUGGUUUUAGAUAUGGACGAAGGCACUUUAAGCUUUGUGGUAGAUGGACAAUAUUUAGGUGUUGCAUAUCGUAAUUUGAAAGGCAAAAAACUUUAUCCAGUUGUUAGUGCCGUUUGGGGACAUUGUGAAAUUACUAUGAAUUAUAUAGGUGGACUUGACCCUGAACCUCUUCCUUUAAUGGACAUUUGUCGUAGACAGAUUAGACAGCAACUAGGCAAAAAUAGACUGCAUGAGAUACACAAACUUCCAUUACCAAAUACCAUCAAAAAUUAUUUGUUGUAUCAGUCAUAGCGAUUGGUCACAUGUGUUGGCCAUUAUCAUUGGUCAACAAAUUUUUCUCAUUUCUUUGUGUGUCACAUUCAUAACUGUUGUGCAUCAUACCUCAUUGCUGAUGUGUAGAAGGGAGGUAAUUCUGCCAGAGUCAAAGGGAGAUUACUUGUAAGAAUGUUUGUGUGCAAUGGUGCUUCUUUGGUGAUGAUAUUUUUAGUAGAUUAUUCAUACCAUUUGUAAAUCAGAAAAUUCACAGAAGAACAUGUAGAUUCUGUGUUUGAGUGAUCAUUCAGAUAUAGAUACAUUUUAAAGGUGUUCUGACUGAAAUUUUUAUGUCAGUGAAUUAAAUACUAUUUUAGUACAUUCAAUUUUUAAGAAAAUUUUGUUAUUUUCACUAUUGCUUUUAGAGUUAAAAGUCACAUUAUAAACUGUUUUUAUGAACUGUUAACAUUUUUAUGGAUUACUAUGAGCUAAUUUUUAGAAUGAUUGAGUCCUCUUUCAACUUUAACAUGUUAAAAAGUAAUGGUUAAUUUUGUAUUUUACAUGUAUAUUCUUAUAAGACAACUGUUAAAGCUUUGUCUUUGAAGUGCUACAUUUAUUUGAACAUUUACAAUUUUUCUUUGCAAUUUUUUUUAUAAUGUUUUGUAAAAUAUUGUAAAUUAGAAAAAUAGUUAUUUGUCGGUCACUUUUGGUCACCCUUCUAACAUUAUUGUGUGUUUCGUAGUUAAGAGUCAAAUUAUUGAUUAGCUUAUAAAUGAAGUACAUUAAGUUGUUAAAACUUUCAGUAUUUUGCUAAAAAUGUGAAAGGGAAAAAGUACAAUGUACAAGUUUAUUAAAAAAGUAAUAUGUGUAAAGAACAUUUUUUUGAAGAUUUUAACAUGUACUGAAUGAUAAGUGAAUUUUCAAAACCAAUAAAUCAGGGUCCUUGGAGUUAAGGAAUGUCUUUAAACCAUGUGUUAGUGCACUUAUACAUUAAUAAAACCAAUUAGUGCUUAAUGAUUUUAGGACAACAAUUAAAUGAUCAAUACAUGAUAGAAAUUUCAUAAACUACAAGAUGAAUGGAUUGAAUUGAUGCAAAGUACAGCAACAAGUUUUGAAAAGAUAUUUUUUUCACACUGGAAAUGCAUUUUGUGUAGUCAAAACCACCUACAGUAUAAUUGAAUCAAGAUUUAUUCAAUUCUUUAAAGAUUUUAAUGGGGAAAAUUCAAUUGCAUGCCAAUAGUUUAUUGGAAGUGCUUCCCCCAUACAUGUAGUAAUUUCUGGAUUUGCCUGAUUUGGUAAAAAUUUCAAUUAUGCUUUUGCAUGUAUAUACAUGUAUGCCUUUAAAUGUAUGUUUGGCUAACAAAAUUGACAGUCUUGUUAUAGACAGUAUAGUGAAAAAAGACACAAUCCUUUAAGAUGUUUAUUUUAGUGAGGAAUAUGAUAUAACUAAGGAAUAAAGUAUAUGAGUGUUUUAAGAUUUCCUAUGUAUACCUUCUUUGAUUUCUAUGUGCUCAAGAAUGCCUACCCUUAAGUUUAACAAUUGUACUGUUUAAAAACAACUGUCAAACCCUUCUUAUUGAUGUAAAAAGACAAAACAGAUACUUAUCUUCCCCCAUCUCAUUUUAUUAUCAUAAAACCCCAAUCACUGAUGAUUUUUAUUUUCCCUUUAUUGAUGCUCCCUAAUAGUUAUAAGUGAAUUUUUUCUGUGAACAUUCUUUAAAAAUUUCAGAGACACCUAAUUGUACAAUGAACAGUUUUGUUGCAUUUUGUACAAUUUGUAUAGUUCAUAUAAAUAGUCGAAAAUUUAAAUGUUAGUUUAAUAAUCAUUGUUGUAUUUUUAAUGCUAUUUUAUUCUCUAUUAUUUCAGAUGUGAAUAUAUAGGUUUCUUAUUUUCUAAUUGGUACAUUUUUUAGAUAAAUUAUAUUGCUCUAAUUUUUUACCCUGCUUGCUAAAUUAAUGUUACUUUAGUGUACAUGUACAAAGAUUUUUGUGAUAGCUUCGUAAAUUGAGUUGCGUCCCUUUGGAUGUUUGGUUUAUGUGUGAUACAUUUUUAAAGUAUUCCUUAUAUUAUAAACUUAAUUUGUAUAUAAUGGUUAAAAGCCAGAUUGCUUUGUUAUUUAUUGAUAAAUGACCUAGUCAGGGAACUUGUAUGAUAAAAAUGCCUUUUGACUAUAAACUUUUAUACAUGUAAGUAACGCUGACAACAUACUGGCUUAUCAGUAUUGGAAAUAUGCCAGAAGAGGUCCUUAGUUCAAGGGUCAUGAUGUCUCUUACAUGCACCUCUGAAACUUUUCCUAUUUUCAAGCUAUUAGAGUCAUGUUCUUUUACUUUACUUGAAUGUGACUUGAUAUCCAAAGAGUAACUACAAUGUUUGUCAAAUUGGAAUUGAUAAUUCUGCCAUUUCUCUUUAAAAGAUGCAGCCACUUGAUACUUUUUCACAAGAUAGUGCUGUAUGUUGUACAUGUGAAGUAUUGCAUGGAUGCAUGUAAAAAAUCAUAUGUAUAAACUGUGAAAGAAACAUUACAUGAAUACAUGCAAUGUUAUUUGAGUACAUGUCAAGUACUUCAUAUAUAUAUAUGAAAUGUGAAGUAUUACAUGAAUACAUGUGAAGCAUUACAUGAAUACAUGUGAAGCAAUACAUGUGAAGUAUUACAUGAAUACAUGUGAAGCAAUACAUGUGAAGUAUUACAUGAAUACAUGGGAAGCAUAACAUGAAUACCUGUAGUGUACUCCAUAUACAAUGUGAAGUAUUACAUGAAUACAUGGGAAGCAAUACAUGUGAAGUAUUACAUGAAUACAUGUGAAGUAUUGCAUGAAUACAUGUGAAGUAUUACAUGAAUACAUGUGAAGCAUUACAUGAAUACAUGCAGUGUUAUAGGAGUACAUGUCAUAAAAUGUAAAGUAUUACAUGAAUACAUGUGAAGCAUUACUAAGUAUUUCUAGAAUACAUCUGCAGUAAUACUUGAAAUCAUUGCUGGACAUUGUUUUUCAUUAAGCAUUACUAUCAGGGGAUGCAGAAUACUUAACUGAGUGUUACUUUUAGAAAUAGGCUCCUUAUCUCAUAACAGGAAUAAACAUAUCUCCCAUAAAUGUUGAGACGUUUGAUGAUUUUCACCUUAAAAUAUAAUGUAAAAUAUCAGUUAUCACACCUUUCAGGAAACAUUUUAUAAUUACGAAUCCUUGUAAGUACCUUCACUUUUUGUCAACUUUUAUAGCAGAAAAACUUUUGAAGAACUCCUGCUCAUCAUGAAAAGGAUAACAUUGGUUCUGAAACUAUAUAUUGACAUCAUUCAAUCAUGAAGUCCAAGGGCCUUUUAUACUGGUUUGCUGCAACUCAGUAAUACAGUUAGGUAUAAAUGAUAUAUUAUUUGUUACUGAAAAAUAGAAUCAUUUUAAAGGCCAUAUUUACACAAAUCAACUGUCACAUGCAAAAUAAUAGAGGAAUAAGGUAAUGUGGUUGGUUGGAGGAGGGAGGGGGCAAAUCUGCUAACCAUUCAUAUUUAUUGCCAGCUUAAUUAGGAAUUCUCUGAUAUACAGUUACACAUUUUAGAGUAUCAGUCAUGAAGACUUAGACUAAGAAAAAGCUUACAUUUUAUUAAUUAGAAUUUGUAUCUUCUAACAAUACUUGUAUCACAGAUGUUUUUUAAUAGACAUUACUGGGGUAUAUACAUAAUUUAUAAAGGUCAGCAGUGCAAACAUAGACUCCUAUACAUUGUAAAGAAUUAUUAACAUGUUUAUUGCUAUGCUUUGAAUGUUUAUGACUUAAAUUAUACUGUAUUGAUCAGAUAGGUGCCUAUAGAAUCUUAAAAGGGGCACCUGUAAACUAAUUUUAUCUGUUUGGAGCCUGUUCUAUCAUCUAAUUUAUGAUUCUUACAUGGAAUAUUUACUUGAACAAUUUUUGGGCAUUCAAGAUAGUUGUUAGUGAAUUAAGAGAGAAAUUGAGAAGGCAUUUAUUUUGACCAAUAUAAUGACAAAGAGUGUUGCAAAUAAAAUCUACACAUAUCUUUAAUAUGUAUGGUUCAGAUUUUUGAAGAUUUUGAUGAUUUAUUUUGACCAAUAAAAGAAGAAAAAGGUAAACCUACUCAGGUCUGUGUAAUGACCAAGAUCUUAAAUGUUAUAUUUUAUAUAUCCUAGAUAUCAGGUUGUUUAAAUUUAAUGAAGUCAGUAUUUUUAUAUGUAAAAUUGUAGAUCUCUUUUGUGUUUACAUUGAAUGAUUUUAAAUUGUUGCCUGGAUAUUAUAUAUACAGGAAUCAAUUUGGUAUUUUCCUAACCAUUAUUUGCAAAAUUAUAUAUACUUGUCACAUCAGUUUUUUAAGUACAUCUAGAAGUUAUAUGUAAAGAUUUCUCCAAUAAUUGAAUCUGAUUGACAAUGACUUGAACAGAUAAACAUCUUUGAUUAUCUAUUGACCCAAAAGUCAGUAGAGAAGUCAAAUUACCAUGGGCUGGUGCAGUAAUGGUCACUGCACACAUGUGUAAUGAUGCAGAUGACCUCAUGAUAUUAUUUUAUUUAGUUGAGUAACCAUUGAACCUAUACCCCUAAAAUAUCGGUAAAAUUUAUGUUGUGAUAGUUGGGUUUAAGUUGUAUAUCCUAUGGAUGGAGAGAACUUUCACAGCAAAGCCCCUUAACAUUUUUCAAAUGAACAUGCAUGUGGUAUUUGUGAACAGUAUACAAUGGUUUAAAAAGAAUGUUAAUACAUUCACAGCUAUUGAAAAACUGUGUUGUUUGUAGAGUACCAUAUCUUUAAUUUGUCUAUUGUUUGAUAAACAAAAAUGGUGUUCAUGUUUUCUUUCGUCUAGAUAUAGAUAUGCAAAAAUGUAAUAUAAUAUUUGAAAAAAAAGCCUGAAAAAACUUACAGCUUUAAAAAGGCCGUACUUUGUCCUGGAUGGAGAGUUGUCUCAUUGGCACUCAUACCACAUCUUCUUAUAUCUAUAGAUCAUAAGAUGUUUAACAAUCCGUUGCAAUUAUUCAAAUUGUUUUUGUUAUGAAUGAAACUGCCCACAUUUUUUGUAAGCAUGCAGAAUGUUUACAGCCUUUUCAUGAACAAGGGACACAUUAUAUACUUGUAACAAUCAAUAUCAUGAAAAUAGGAAGUUACCAAAUCUUAAAUCAACAGAAAAGAUCUGAAGCUUAAAAUAAAAUAUUUGACUUCAAUCUGUAUGUUUUUUAGAUUGAUUUGUAAUGUUGAGGAAAAUAUUGAUUCAGUUUUAGCUGCUUAUGAAUAUAAGACAUGCAUUUUCUACAAGAGUUUUUUUUUUAAUAAUUCAUGUAAAGAAAUUUUAAAAGAUUGAGGCAAUGAAAAAUAAUUGUGUUUUAGUAAUAGUUCACAUUUUAUAUUUAAUUUACUGGUCUUGGUCAGCUUCAAAGCUAUGCUGGUUGAUGGUCAGUUGCUUAAAGGUUACAAGCAGUCAAGAAUUAAUUGACUGAACAAUUUAUUAAUUAUAUGUGAUUUUAAAAGAUAUUUGAUAAAGACAAUAAGAUGAACUUUUAUGGAUAUUUAUUCAGUUUUCCAUGGAAUUUUUUAAGCAUUUUUGGAACACUGAAUAUAUUCAUCACCUUUUAUAUGUUUGAGCUAUAUUUAGAAUCCACUUUUAAUUUUGCAUGUGACAUUAAUGUGGUCUCUAUUUUUGGUUCACUGGUAAAGUCUAUAUUUUAAUGAUUUAUUUUAAGCAAUCAAAUUUUAAGAUGUAGUAUUUUAAAUAUUAUUUAUUGUAUACAUGGAGUAAAUGUGUUAUGAAAGCUAAAAAAAUCAUGAAUUCAUGUCACAUUUGUGUAUUAUUAAAAAUUUGAAACAUU